ACCCCCCCCCCCGUCCGGUCUGAUGCUCCCCCUUCUCUCUCGGUGGCUAGGUUGGAAGAUCAACCCCUUGGUUGGCACUGUCUACGCCCCCGACCUCUACACAGUGGCCACCAUCCCCUACCCGAUGGUGGCCCCGGCGGCGCUGGCCUAUCGCGGGGGCCUGCGGGGCCGUGGCCGAGCCAUCUACAGCCCGAUCCGGGCAGCUCCUGCCCCGUCGCCCGUCCCUGCCUACGGGAGUGUGGUGUACCCGGAUGGGCUGUACGGCACCGAUGUCUAUGGCUAUGCAGCUUACCGUGUGGCACAACCCCCUGGGGCGGCGGCAACGGCAGCGGCGUACACCGACGGAUACGGCCGGAUCUACACCACGGCGGAUCCUUACCACCACGCCGUCACUCCAGCCUAUGGUGUCGGGGCCAUGGCCAGCCUGUACCGCGGAGGGUACAACCGCUUCACGCCGUACUGAGGAACCGAGGGCCGGCGGCCAUGAUGGGAAGGGGCCUGGGCAGUGGGCUCUGAGAUCUCGGUGUGGAUAGCGACGGGCACGUUCCAUCGAGUCCCCUGCUCCCAACACAGAGUGUCCCGGAGGGGUCGGGACACCCAGUCCUAGCACCCCAGACCCGUUCCCAGAAUCCCCUGGGGGGGACCCCAAGUGGCACCAGCACCGUGUUAUCCAGAAUCUGCUGGGGGGCCCCCCGCCUGGUCCCAGCGUCCUGUUACCCAGAAUCUCCCCGGGGAACUCUACCCGGCCCCAGUGUCCUGUUACCCCAGAUCCUGCCUGGCUCCAGUCCCCUGGCCAUAGAGACAAUGGGGUGGUACAUGCAGAGAGGGGAGCGCUGGUGCACCCCAGGCAGUGGAGAUGAGGGUGAAUUUGGCCAGUGUUUAAUAAUCCGAUGCCUGCGUCCCACCCGGGGCAGGAUGGGGCCGUAAAGGGGUCACCGAGUGGGGCUCGGGAAAGGGGGGUUUGGUCUUUCCCAACCGUCCCAGACGUCCGUACCCCGUUCAGGACUCUGUUCUGUCUUGCCUCCCCCCAUGUUUCACCCCUCUUAAAAACGACGUCAACCUCAUGAACGUGCUCGCACCAGGGCUUAAAUUCAGCCGCUGCUGGCCGGAGCGGAGCUCUGGGCAAUAUUUUCCAACCCCCCUGGAGUUUUUGGGGGGGCACGGGAGGCAUUGCGGGGAGGGAAAUACUCCCUGAGAAUUUUAGCCCUGGCUUGCCCGCAUGAGUAAAUGACAGCAAACGCGUGUCUAAUACAGCUAGGGUGACCAGAUGUCCCAAUUUUAUAGGGACAGUCCCGAUAUUUGGGGCUUUUUCUUACCAAGGCUCCUAUUACCCCCCACCCCCAUCCCGAUUUUUCACACUUGCUGUCCGGUCACCCUAUAUACAGUGUGAAUCCACACAGGACGUUACCGGAGAAUAUAGUCUCUCGAACAGCCAAACCAGGCCUUGUCCGUAUGAAAUUGGAAUGAUUUGGCUGGGGCUUUUUAUGUCACCUGUUGUAAAACUGGACAACUAUCUAGAUGAGUUGAUGUCCGCCCGGAAGACCUCCGCAUUCCCCACCCCGGUUGAGAGCCACUGCCACGGGAAAAAGAAAACCCGGGGAAAUUCUAAACCUGGGGCUGUUCCCAAGGGUCAGGGCCCGGGAUCGUGGCCAGAGGCCUCAGGCAGCCGCUAAGCAGGGAAGGUGAGACUGAAUCUCCCAGCAUCUCGCCCUGGGCUCAGGGACCCGACGUUGACUGAAUUCCUUUUCCAACUAGCGCCCGUCUCUCUCGGCUCCCUACCCCGCCUCUCUCCAUUUCUCUGUAGCUUUCUCCCCCGCUCCUGUAUCCUGCAUGCGUCCUGCGCGCUUUCAGCUCCGCACCGGUGUCUUUUGUGUUUAGCAAACACUAGGCUGGGGGCCUGUCCCAUGUGCUGGCCCGGGCCGGGGUCGCGUUGAAAGCAGGUUGAGCGGCGAGAGGUUUGAACCGUGGCGGAUUUCAGGGUUUCUCCCGGCGCCCGAGCCAGGCCUCGCCCCAGCGCAGUCUCUCAGGGAAAGCACUCAACUGCCAAAGCCUCUCUCCUGGCCCUGUUUUCUUGUGUGUGAUAAAGCUCUGCUCUCGGCUUCGCUCUCCGGCCUUUCGCUUUCACGCUCUGUCUCCCUCGUGCUGUGUGUCUCCCUCCCUCCCGCUGCUGGUUCCUGGCAGGGCUGCGGGGCCCCGGGGCUACAGCGAGGCCAACCCCCCAGCGGCUUCGCCCAGGCCCGGCUUGGUGCCUGCGGGCGGGUGCAGCCCCCGCCGCCCUGUGCCACCUGGGAGAAGGACCCGGCUUGUGGCAGGAUGGGGGGUGUGUGUGUGAGAUGCAGGGUCUCCCCUCACCCAAGCUGCCCCGGUCGUAUGGAGCAGGAAAGCCACACGGUCGACCGGGACAGACCCCCGUCCCCAGUGUAGGGCUCCUGGUUGCGUCGCUCUGUCAGUGCCCCAUCUCGGCUGGGUUUGCCCCCAGCCCCAUGGCCCUCUGGCGCCUGCCACAGUGAGGUUGCCUCUGUGGGCCCGGAGGCUCAGACCCUGGGAAGUGAGAGCAUGGCUGGCUCUACACCCUCCUGCCCUGUGGGGUCAUUGAGAACAGUCAUCCCCCCUCCCCGCAUAUAGGGUGUGGCCUUUCUCAUCCUCGCCCUCCAGCGUGUGUGUGUUUGUGUGUGUGAGACAGACAGAUCCUCCGGCAAAGGCAAGGGAGGGGGGCGAUGCAGGAACCCCUCUGUCUGCUCCGACGUGGCUCGGGGUCUUUCUCCCCUUUGCUCGCCCGGCGGCUUGUGCUAGCUCGCUCUCUCUUUACCUCCGGCCCGUUCGCCCCCCCUCUCCCCCCGCUCGCUUGUUUCUUUCGCUCGCCCAGCUGCAGGUGCUCGCUCGCUCGCUGAGCCCUGCUCUCUCCUGGCUUCUCGUCCCAGCACUGGCCACACAACCUCGCCCCCUGGCACGCCCCUCUGCUCCAGUCCCUCUCCCGCGCCGGCUUGCUUGCUCCGACACGCACGUUUCUUUGCUCGCGCCUUUGCUCGUCCAGCCUGUCUCUUGCUUGCUUAGCUCUGCCCUCCUCCCCCCGCCUUUGCUCCCCCUGCCGGUCUGUCUCGUUUCUGGCCCCACCGGCGCUUACAUCGGCCUGUCAUGUUGAUCGGGGUGAUGUAGCCUGGCCUUGGUCUCGCUUCCUCUCCCCUGCACUUGCCGGGAUGCUUAGAUGCUCUCUCCUGCCACGUUCCCGCUCUCUCCCCUGCUCCGCCUUUUACUUCCCCCUGGUCUCACCCCUUUCGCUCACGCCUUUGCCAGCCUGGCUUCUUGCUCUCUGUUUGCUUGCCCGGCUGCACGGCGCUUGUUCUCUCGCUUGCUUGUCAAUCGCUCGCUGGCUCCUUUGCUCACGUGCUCGCUUGCUCUCCUCUGCUUGCUGGUGUCUCUUCCCUCGCUCGCUGCUGCGUGUUCUCGCCUCUGCUUGCUCUUGACUUGACUUGCCAUCAGCUGUCUCUUGCUCGCUCUCUGCUCCGGUUUACUCCCCCCGCUGCUCUGUCUUGCUCUCUUUCUCUGCUAUUGCACCCUCUCUUGCUUGCCCCUUUGCUCACCUGCCUGCUGCAUGCUCGCUCACUCUAUUUCUCCGCUCGUUCGCUUUCUCUUCGCUCGUUCUUGCUCGGCCCAUUUGCUCAUCCCGCCUCUCUCGCCUUGUCGUGCUCGCUUUCUCUCUCUCUGUCUCUCCCUUGGCCACACGCUCGCCGCUAGAACCUGAAGGCGGGGCAGGGAAUCUCCUCCCCACACACACACUUUUAGAAGUGGGAGGGUCGUCCCCCCUGGCUUUUUCACAAAAGAAACAGAAGCACAGAAUUCAUGUCCCCCACAGAUUUUCUUUCCCCCCGCCCCGUAGAAUAAUCGAUUCUGCUGGGGAGGCGCUGCAAUGACACCUUUUGCCCACCAGGGGCUGCUGUGGUGCCAGAAGCGAGGGGCAGCUGGCUCACCGCUGGAGCAGCCAGCCGUGGCGAGAGUGGCGGCACUUUGGAUUUUGAUUAUUCUACAGGGCGGGGAAAAGAAAAUCUGCGGGGGACAUGAAUUCUGCGCGCGUUUCUUUUUCCUCUCCUCGCCAUGCCCUCUGUCUUUCGCUUGCUUGCGCCUCUUUGCAUGCUGUCUUGCUUGCUUUGGCUCACCCCUUUUGUCCAACAGGCAAGGGCAGGGCCCAUUUUCGGGAGCCGCUCGACGCUGACGGUGGGAGAGGGCUCUUAAUGAAUCCACCCCCCAAUGAGCGGCGGUAGCUGUGUCGGUGGGAGAAGCUCGGGGAGGUCCCCACUGGCGCUUAGGUCGGUAUCACUGAUGUCGCCCGAGGUGUGUGCAUGUGGUUUUUCCGCACCCCUGAGCGACUUAAGUUACACCCACCUAAGCUGUAGGGUAGACAUAGCCUCACUGGGUCCCCCAGCUGGCCGGUCAGGGGCGUUCUGGGUAAGGGCUGCGGUUUGGAGCAGUAUUUGGGGCAAGGGGGGCUGGUCUGGGGGUGUCAUAUUAGUAUUUAGGGCCUGGGGCUGCUUAUUUAAUCUCCUCCCCUCUUCCCUGAUUUUCUACAAUCAUCAGCUUGUGCUAGGAGCGUCUCUGCAUCUCAUCUGCCUGCUUGGCGGCUCAUUUUCUCUCUCCCUGAGACAUCGCCCUGCUCCAUGACUGUUUUCUUGUCAACCCUGGCUCUAUUGUAUGUGUGUGGGGGGCGGGAGUUUUGCAAGCCUGUUCCCUCCUGGGGUAGUUGCAUUAGGAGCCCUGGGCUGUCAGCUGCUGCCAGAUUUUUAGGACCGUGUUCAUGAGAGAGGGGGGCAGUGGGGUUUAAAUGUGGGGGGCAGCCGGUGCCCCAAUGCAGCCAGCGGGUUGUGUAGGGGGUACGGUACUAGCAAAGACCUCCCACAAUAGUGCUGCAGGGGGGUCCAUCCAAAGACAGGGCCAGGCUGGGCUCUAGAGGCAGGGGGCAAGAUGCUGGGGGCAAACCUGGGUCUGUGAACGGGUCCCAAAAGGACAGUUCCUCACACCUGUACUGCAGCUAAUCAAACGCCCACGGUUCCUUUUGGGCUGCUUCACCUGCUGCUAAUGACAAAGACGAUGCCUUUCGGACAAUGGUUUGUUUCCCCCUCCCCUGUCUUUGCAACUGUGUCCCCUGCCCCCCAAACCAGCUGCCUGGAGGCACUUGUGGAAAAUGACCCUUUGCUGGGGGCCUUGAACAUUUGCUAGAAAUCAGCAGUGUGCCCGAUGGAAAGGCACAGUGAUGUGCAAGUGCUCUGUUGAAAUGCUCCUUGAUGUCCCAUGAAAUGAUUUACCCCCAAGGAGGGAACCUGUUUUUGGCUCCCAAUUUCUCCUCCUGCCGCACUUAGUUUUUCACCCCUCCCUCCCCCCCCC